AUGGCUCACAGUAAUGAAUCCACCAUAUCUGAAUUUGUGCUUCUGGGACUUUCUAAUUCUUGGGGACUUCAGCUUGUACUUUUUACCAUCUUUUUUGUCAUCUAUGUGACAUCAGUCUUGGGCAAUGUCAUGAUUAUUGUCAUCAUUUUCUCUGACUCACAUUUGAACUCUCCUAUGUACUUCUUGAUCAGUAACCUUUCAUUCAUUGAUAUUUGCCAAUCUAACUUUGCCACCCCCAAGAUGCUUGCAGACUUUUUUGUUGAGCACAAAACUAUUUCCUUUGAGGGUUGCAUGGCCCAGAUAUUUCUUCUUCAUAGCUUUGUUGGGAGUGAAAUGAUGCUACUUGUAGCUAUGGGAUAUGACAGAUUUGUAGCAAUAUGUAAGCCACUGCACUACAAUUUAAUUAUGAAUCGGAGGGUAUGUAUAAUUUUUGUGUCUAUUUCCUGGGCAGUAGGUAUUCUUCAUUCUGUGAGCCACUUGGCAUUUACAGUGAAUCUGCCAUUCUGUGGUCCCAAUGAGGUGGAUAGCUUUUUCUGUGACCUUCCCUUGGUGAUAAAGCUGGCUUGCAUGGACACAUACAGAAUGGAAAUUUUGACUUUAGCUAACAGUGGCAUGAUAUCACUGAGCUGUUUCCUGGCUCUAAUUAUCUCCUAUAUCAUCAUUUUAGUCACUGUGCAGCGUCAGUCCUCUAGUGGAUCAUCCAAAGCACUUUCUACGUUAACUGCCCACAUCACAGUAGUGAUUCUUUUCUUUGGGCCAUGUAUUUAUUUCUACAUAUGGCCUUUUAGUAGACUAUCUGUGGAUAAGUUCUUUUCUGUUUUCUAUAUCAUUUGUACACCAUUACUGAACCCUAUUAUAUAUUCUCUGAGAAAUGAAGAUGUUAAAUCAGCCUUGAGAAAACUGAGAAACCGCCAUGUAAAUCCUGGGAAAAACUAA